UUAUGCCAUUGAAACAAUUGAAUGGACAGUAAAUAAAUAUGUCUGUUAAACCAUUAAAAAUAAAUUGAUCUGAUUUUGGAUGAAAAUUUCUAACUUUUGUUAACUUAAAUAUGGAUAUAGCAGGAGAAAUGUCAGCAGCAAGGACUCCUAUUUCUAGAAUAUCUGAGAAUGACAACCGAAGCCUUAUUAAAAGACCACAGACAGCAUCACCAUAUGUCAUGGCGGUCAAAUACAGAAACAAGGCGAAGGUUGCCAGUCGGAAGACAAAUCGUGCCAUCAUUACACGACGUCGGACAGGGCGACGAAAGGCGUCAUUAAUAGACAGUGAAUACGGGGGCUGUGAAUCGUCUUUACACACCUAUAAUACUUCUUUAACAGACUUGUUUGACGAGUUCAACGAUGAUUUCGACUUUGAUGAUUUGGCAACAGGGACAAACUCAGUUGAACUAGAACCGUGUUCAAAACCAGACACAAAACAAACAUUUAAAGACUACGAAGAAAGCUUUGUGACUACGUCUCUUGAAAGUUGUUCACCAUCACCUGUUCUGGCAUCUAGAAUGUCAUCAGUAGGAGGAGUCAAUCAGGAGGAAAGUGAAUCCAGAUCAGAUAAGGAUCCAGCAUCAUAUUGUGAGAACCAAUAUCGGCGGAUGUGUAAAAUGUUAAAUAUUUCACCUGUAUCAUCCUUCAUCCGGGAACUGUCAAAAAAGAGAGUAUCCGUCAGGCAUCGUUCGCUCUGUCCAAAGGAUGCCAAAGCAAUGUCUGUUGCUCUUCUUGAGAAUCCAACAGUACAAAUGUUAGAUAUGACAGACAAUGAAAUAGGACCAAAGGGUGCUUUAUAUAUAGCUGAAAUGUUAACAGAUAACAGAAUCAUUACUGAUUUAAACUUAUCGGACAGUCAGAUUGGUAUUGAAGGUGCUAAAUACAUUGUGAAUAUAGCAGUAGAGGUAGACAACUUUACUUCAUUGAAUCUCUCAGGAAAUGGUUUUCGUGAAUUUGAUGCAAUACAUUUAAGAAAACUGUUCGAGGACACACAUAAUUUACUAAGACUAACUUUAAGCCAUAAUGAAUUUCGUGAGUUUGGAGGGAAAGUCAUAGGCGACGCAUUAAAAAUCAACGAUACAUUAGAAGAAUUAGAUCUCAGUUGGAAUCAUUUACGGUUUGAUGGUGCUGAUGCUAUUGCAAAUGGAUUAGCAUUGAAUCAAGGUUUAAAGAAAUUAGAUAUAUCAUGGAACGGAUUUUCAAUACGUGGUUGUGAAUCUCUUGCCAAAGCUUUAGAAUUUAAUGAAUAUUUAAGUGAACUGAAUUUGGAAUGUAACAGGAUAAACAAAGAUGCCUUAGAGAAACUUUUAAAAGGAAUGAAAAUUAAUCAGAGUUUACAAGUGUUGAAGUUAGGCUGGAAUCCUAUCACGACAAAGGGAGCACAGAUGAUCCUUGAUUUUAUCAACGAUAAUCCUACCUCAGGGCUGAAGAAAGUUGACAUUCGAACGCAGCUUGUAGAGAAAGAAUUUUCAGAGAAUGUGAAAAAACUAAAAGAAGAUAGGGACAUAACAUUUAUUCAUGGACCAAUUCGUGGAGCUCAUGGUUCUGGUGACGAUGAUGAUGAACUUUCCCUAAUAGAUGAAAAUCCUAUAAUAGUGCUUAUGGAAUUCGGACAUAUGAAUGGUUUCCGGCUAACGGAUCUCUUUUCUGUUUUUGACAAAGAUGGAAGUAAAUCUUUGGACAAAAGUGAAAUAAAAACUGGCUUGAUGAUGGCAGGAAUUCCUCUACAAGAACACUGUUUAGAGUUAUUAAUAGAUAAACUAGAUGAUGAUGACAGCGGAGAAAUAGAAUAUGCUGAAAUGAUGCAGGCACAGAUGAUUCAUAGAAGACAAAAGGCUAAAAUGAUGAAGGAUAUAUCAGAUGGCUCAGUUGAUGUAGAAAAGACAGAGGUUGGACGAGUUAGAGGCAAAUUACAUAAACUAAUGGCUAAACAUAUGGACGGAAACCCAGCUUUCAAACGUCGCGUUGAUGAUUUUAAGAAGUUAAUGGAAAGCUCACAGAAAGAUGAAAUCCUUCGACAAGAAUUUGAAAAGAAGAUAGCAUUGCGUAGAUCAUCGAAAGUUGAACGAGAGAGAAAACAAGAAAUCACAAAGGCAACUGAAGAAGCACUGCAAGAUAUUGUUGAAGCGGACAUAAUUGAAUCACAAAUCAAUGUCGAUACCAGAAAACUGACAAACCUAUCACUUGAAAAAGAUGAAAAAGAUCAUACAUUGUUAAAUAAUGGGAAAAAUAAAACACCGCGUUCUAACAGAAAUGAAAAUGAUUGGAUAGCUUUACAUGUUUAGUUCGACUGAUUUAAUUUAUUGUUUUGUUGUUGUUGUUGUUGUUCAAACAUGUUACAAAUGUACAAGUCAAACUGUUUUGCUAUCAUUUUUUAAAUAAUUGUGCCAUGUCUUAUUGUCGUAUUAAAAGCCUUAAUCAUAAA